AUGAAAAAAGAACUCAUUCUUCUUCAUGCCAUUUCUUUCAAUUUUGUUUUCUUCUUCAUGCCAUUUCUUUCAAUUUUGUUUUCUUCUUCAUGCCAUUUCUUUCAAUUUUGUUUUCUUCUUCAUGCCAUUUCUUUCAAUUUUGUUUUCUUCUUCAUGCCAUUUCUUUCAAUUUUGUUUUCUUCUUCAUGCCAUUUCUUUCAAUUUUGUUUUUUCUUCAUGCCAUUUCUUUUCAAUUUUGUUUUUCUUCUUCAUGCCAUUUCUUUCAAUUUUGUUUUUUCUUCAUGCCAUUUCUUUCAAUUUUGUUUUUUCUUUGCCAUUUCUUUCAAUUUUGUUUUCUUCUUCAUGCCAUUUCUUUCAAUUUUGUUUUCUUCUUCAUGCCAUUUCUUUCAAUUUUGUUUUCUUCUUCAUGCCAUUUCUUUCAAUUUUGUUUUCUUCUUCAUGCCAUUUCUUUCAAUUUUUUGCCUUUCUUUUCUUUCAUUUCUUCCAUUCAUUCUUCCAGACAUUUUUUUUCUUCAUUUCUUCCAUUCAUUCUUCCAGACAUUUUUUUUCUUCAUUUCUUCCAUUCAUUCUUCCAGACAUUUUUUUUCUUCAUUUCUUCCAUUCAUUCUUCCAGACAUUUUUUUUCUUCAUUUCUUCCAUUCAUUCUUCCAGACAUUUUUUUUCUUCAUUUCUUCCAUUCAUUCUUCCAGACAUUUUUUUUUUCUUCAUUUCUUCCAUUCAUUCUUCCAGACAUUUUUUUUUUUCAUUUCUUCCAUUCAUUCUUCCAGACAUUUUUUUCUUCAUUUCUUCCAUUCAUUCUUCCAGACAUUUUUUUUUUCUUCAUUUCUUCCAUUCAUUCUUCCAGACAUUUUUUUUCUUCAUUUCUUCCAUUCAUUCUUCCAGACAUUUUUUUUCUUCAUUUCUUCCAUUCAUUCUUCCAGACAUUUUUUUCUUCAUUUCUUCCAUUCAUUCUUCCAGACAUUUUUUUCUUCAUUUCUUCCAUUCAUUCUUCCAGACAUUUUUUUUUCAUUUCUUCCAUUCAUUCUUCCAGACAUUUUUUUUUUCUUCAUUUCUUCCAUUCAUUCUUCCAGACAUUUUUUUUCUUCAUUUCUUCCAUUCAUUCUUCCAGAUUUUUUUUUUUCUUCAUUUCUUCCAUUCAUUCUUCCAGACAUUUUUUUCUUCAUUUCUUCCAUUCAUUCUUCCAGACAUUUUUUUUUCUUCAUUUCUUCCAUUCAUUCUUCCAGACAUUUUUUUUCUUCAUUUCUUCCAUUCAUUCUUCCAGACAUUUUUUUUUUCUUCAUUUCUUCCAUUCAUUCUUCCAGACAUUUUUUUCUUCAUUUCUUCCAUUCAUUCUUCCAGACAUUUUUUUUUUUCAUUUCUUCCAUUCAUUCUUCCAGACAUUUUUUUUUCUUCAUUUCUUCCAUUCAUUCUUCCAGACAUUUUUUUUUUCUUCAUUUCUUCCAUUCAUUCUUCCAGACAUUUUUUUUUUUCAUUUCUUCCAUUCAUUCUUCCAGACAUUUUUUUCUUCAUUUCUUCCAUUCAUUUUCCAGACAUUUUUUUCUUCAUUUCUUCCAUUCAUUCUUCCAGACAUUUUUUCUUCAUUUCUUCCAUUCAUUCUUCCAGACAUUUUUUUUCUUCAUUUCUUCCAUUCAUUCUUCCAGACAUUUUUUUUUUCAUUUCUUCCAUUCAUUCUUCCAGACAUUUUUUUUUUCUUCAUUUCUUCCAUUCAUUCUUCCAGACAUUUUUUUUUCUUCAUUUCUUCCAUUCAUUCUUCCAGACAUUUUUUUCUUCAUUUCUUCCAUUCAUUCUUCCAGACAUUUUUUUUCUUCAUUUCUUCCAUUCAUUCUUCCAGACAUUUUUUUUCUUCAUUUCUUCCAUUCAUUCUUCCAGACAUUUUUUUUCUUCAUUUCUUCCAUUCAUUCUUCCAGACAUUUUUUUUCUUCAUUCCUUCCAUUCAUUCUUCCAGACAUUUUUUUUCUUCAUUCCUUCCAUUCAUUCUUCCAGACAUUUUUUUUCUUCAUUCCUUCCAUUCAUUCUUCCAGACAUUUUUUUUCUUCAUUCCUUUUGUUUAUUCUUCCAGACAUUUUUUUUCUUCAUUCCUUUUGUUUAUUCUUCCAGACAUUUUUUUUCUUCAUUCCUUUUGUUUAUUCUUCCAGACAUUUUUUUUCUUCAUUCCUUUUGUUUAUUCUUCCAGACAUUUUUUUUCUUCAUUCCUUUUGUUUAUUCUUCCAGACAUUUUUUUUCUUCAUUCCUUUUGUUUAUUCUUCCAGACAUUUUUUUCUUCAUUCCUUUUGUUUAUUCUUCCAGACAUUUUUUUUUCUUCAUUCCUUUUGUUUUAUUCUUCCAGACAUUUUUUUUCUUCAUUCCUUUUGUUUAUUCUUCCAGACAUUUCUUUUUCAUUCACUUUUUAUUCUUUUUUUUUUAUUCAUUCUUCUAACCAUUUCCUUUUUUCGUUCCCUUUUCCCUUUUCAUUCUUCAAGUCAUUUUUUUCUUAAUCAACUGUCAUUCCUCCUCAUUUUCUCUCUAAAUAUUUCCCAUUCAAUCUAG